AUUCUCUCUAGAUUGUCGUCGCCGUCGCCGUAGUAUAGUAGAUUUCAUGUAGACUGUCAAACGAAGACUGAUCUUAAUAUUUUUGAAACUGUGUGAAGCUUGCUCUAAAAGAAUACAGCAGAAUGCUUCAUGCAAGUUUUCAGGUGUCCUGGUUUCAUGUUAUUUACAGCCAGUCAGUGACAAUUAGUGUUUAGUGAUUGCAGCCAAAGCUGUCAUCUGGUCACAAAGGUUAUGUUUAUGCACCUUAAAAAAUGGAUAAACAAAGAUUUUCACUUUUGCUCCUUGAACCUGGAGAAAUUUACUUCGAGGACUUCAGUGUUGUUUUGCUUCCUAGUACCACAUUGAAACGUCAAGAUGGUCGCCUUAAAUUGUGCUCAAAGUCAAUUGUUUUUGAUCCAAAAGAUCUCACAAGACCCAUCAUCAAAAUACCAAUAAAAGACUGCACAUCCAUCACGGAGUUGCCUAAUAAAUUAAAUGAGAAAGAAGAAGGAAAUGGAGGAAUAUCUAUUGAAACAAAUCAGCAUGUUACAAUGCUUGAUGGAAAUAUUGUGGCUCCGUAUACUUUUCAUCACUCCAAGGAGAAAUUUCAGUUUGUUCUUAAUUAUGCAAAUGUCCGAAGUUGCAUUGCACAAAUAUCCCAACUACAUAGAGCCUCAACUCUACCACUGGCCGAUCAGAACACAAUGCUUGCAGCCAUUACAUUUUCAAGGCAAUCUCGAAUGGGCUUUGAUGCCUUAUGGCUUGAAGACCUGUAUGAAACACGUGUCAUUGAAACUCAGGGCAGCAAAAUCUCCCCACUUGUGGUGAACCCUGGACACAUAUUGUUAACAGACAGUGCUUUGUAUUAUCAGCCUUUCAACAAUGUAGAGUCUCAACCUGUUCUAAAAGUGAGGCUAGCAGACAUGAAAUCUUUAGUUAGAAGACGUUUUUUAUUACAACCUGUGGGACUUGAAGUACAUAGUAGAGAUGGAAAUGUUCCUCAUUUGUUUCUUGCUCUGAAAUCUGCAAGGGAGCGAGAUGACUUGUAUGAAGGAAUUAUGAAUCAGACCUCUGUUAACUUAGAUGAUCUCCAACAGGAAGCUGUGAUGUUGCAAUGGCAACACGGUGUCCUAUCAAACUAUGACUAUUUGCUGUAUUUGAACAGUUUAGCAGAUAGAACCUUUAAUGACCUAACACAAUAUCCUGUGUUUCCAUGGGUGGUUGCUGACUAUACAUCUCAAACCCUUCAAAUUGAUGCUUUUAAGACAUAUCGAAAUCUUCAGAAGCCAAUUGGUGCUCUUAACUCGGAACGAUUGGAGAAACUAAAGGAUCGGUUUAAUGAGAUGCCAGAACCAAAGUUUAUGUAUGGCUCACAUUACUCAACUCCAGGAUUUGUUCUUUUCUAUUUGGUCCGGAAAUUUCCACACUACAUGCUCUGUCUUCAGAAUGGAAGAUUUGACCAUCCAGAUCGUAUGUUUAAUAGUGUUUCGGAUGUUUGGCGGAAUGUACUUGGGAAUUCCUCUGAUUUUAAAGAACUUGUCCCAGAGUUUUAUGACACCAGUGGAGGAGGAGACUUCCUUACAAACAGAUAUGGAAUUAAUUUUGGCUACCGACAUGAUGGGACCAAAGUCAAUGAUGUCACUUUACCUCCAUGGGCUUCAAGUCCCUCAGAUUUUGUUAAUAAGUUAAGAGACGCUCUAGAAUCAAGCUAUGUAUCUCAAAACCUACAUUCUUGGAUUGAUUUAAUUUUUGGCUAUAAACAAACUGGUGAAGCUGCUGUAAAAGCCAAUAAUGUGUUUUAUCAUCUAUGCUAUGAGGGUUCGAUUGACCUUGGAAGUGUAACUGACUCUGCCCAGCGUCAUGCUCUUGAGGUCCAAAUAAUGGAAUUCGGUCAAAUUCCUAAACAAGUUUUCAAGCAUGCUCACCCCAAGAGAAUUGUUCACAGUCCCUUGCAACAUCUUCUCAUGAACCGUACUGUCUCAGAGGCUUCAGAAGAUUCUGAAAGUACCAUACUUCUAGAGAAGGCAGCCACUUUUCAGGCUCAUAGAGAGUUUGUGAGGUCACUCAAACUUAUUAAUGGUGGGGAUGCAGUGGCUUCUGUUGGAAACGACGGAAUUCUCAAAGUGCACUCUCUGGUCGAGUGUCGCCUUGUACACAGUGUGUGUCUAGCUCCUACUCCGUUAUCAAGUGUGGUUUCUGUUCCCGGAGAUCAUCGCUUUAUUGUAGGAUCCUUUGAUAACUCUGUGGUGGUGUAUGAUGUCCAAUUUGGCCGAGUUUUGGACAAACUGGUAUGUCAUGAAGAUGCAGUUUCCUGUCUGGGGUACUGUGGGGAUAGUGCUGACAACAGCGUAAUGGUGACAGGCUCAUGGGAUUGUACUGUGCGUGUGUGGAAAAAGUUACCUGUUGAUCAAAGGGAAUGGAAACAACUAAGACCAGCUAAUUCACUGGCUGCCGAACUUGAUCAUGACACACAAGUAGUUUGUCUUUGUGUCAGCAGAAAUGGAAAAUUACUUGCCACUGGUUGUGAAGAUGGUACUUUAUUUGUCUGGCAUUUGGAAACACACACACUACAUCUCAAUCUUCCAGGACAUGAUGGAGCUGUGGCUGCCUUAGAAAUAAGCAAAGAUGCAUCUCAGUUGGUAUCUUGCGGAGCAGCUGACAAAAUGAUGAAAGUCUUUGAUUUAGCAAGUGGUAUGCUUGUGUGCAACAAAGAAAUGAAGCAAGGUUUACGCUGUGUGGCCUUGCUUGAUCAAUAUUUAGUUCUGGGUGGAUCCUCUGGUUUACUGCAGUUGUGGGAUUUUCGGAAGGUUCAUCUUGUUCAAGAAAUUGAAGCACAUCUAGGCCCAGUCUCUGCCGUGGCCGGUCUUCCAGACUGCACUGUUGUCGUUAGUGGUGGAGAAGAUGGGUCAGUUAUAGUGUGGCACCCAUCAGAAAAGUAAAAUAUUGCCAACUAUCCAAAUAAUGAUAUUUACCUGUGAUUUAUUACCAUAUUAUGCAAUUUUUAAUUACCCUUUCAUAUGGUUGUGAUGAAUUUUUAAAAUUUAAUAAUAAACCCAGUUAGGCUACUGAUUUUUAACUUUUUAUGGUGCUUGCAGUGCCAAAUCAUUUUAAACAGUAAAUGUACAUGGUAUGUAGAUUUGAAUUUGAAUUAAAAAAAUAUCUCGAAGUAUGAAAA